UGUAUAUAGUGACAGACCUGCCAUUCUGGGCUUCUGUAUUCUCCGUAGCAGGAACAGCCAUUAUUUACACCUCUAUAGGCGGAAUCAAGGCGGUCGUAUGGACGGGUGUAUUACAAUGUAUCAUUAUGACCCUAGGGAUGAGUGUUGUCGUCAUAAAGGGUACGAUGGAUGUAGGACACAUAGGAAGGGGGUUCCAAAUUAACUACGAACAUCUUAGACUCAAUUAUUUCAAAAUUAUGUAUUUUGCUGCUCCUGCCUUCUUCAUUAUCGCCCUUAUAGUCAAUAUUGAAGGUCUAGUGAUGUUUGCCUACUUUAAUGUCGUCGGCUGCGAUCCCACUGAAUCAGGUCAGAUAAAUAAUGCUAAUCAGUUGCUACCCCACAUGGUGGUGAGGAUAUUUCACGGUCUUCCUGGACUCUCGGGGCUGUUCCUCGCUUCUUUGUUCAGUGCCUCAUUAAGCACAAUUUCAUCUGGACUAAGUUGUCUAAGUGCUCAGACAGUACAAGACUUCAUUAAACCCCGAUAUAAUGACAUGUCCGUUGGAAAAGCCACGGCGAUUGCCAAAGUAUCAGUCUUUUUCUACGGAGGGAUGUCUGUCGCUGUCACAGCGUUGAUAGCCAAUGUUUCGGGAUGUAUGAGUCAGGGUGUCGUCAUCGGCGCGGUAAUAUCGAUGAUAUUUGUUUUCUGGAUAUCCCUCGGACAGAACUUCUUCACGUCUAAACCAAGUGAGCCUUGGCUGCCACCAAACCCAACAGAUCAAUGCUCUCUGGAUUCGACAUUCUACACAAACACAACUUUGAUGACUAAUUCAACUGUUUGCUACAACUCAUCAGCUUGGCAUCCGUCGCAUCCUAGCAACACAUCUUCACGAAUAACAACAUACCAAAAAGAAAUGGAAAUCUUCAAUACCAUCAAAGCGUAA